AUUAAGGAGCAGAAGGUUGUUGUGGACGAGCUCUGUAAUCUGAAGAAAAACAGGAAAGUUUACAUCCAGCAGAGAAACAGUAACAUCUUCUUUCUAGCAGACAGAAGUCAGACACUAAGCUCAAGCAAAAAGGAGCUGGAUAAUAUGAAAAAGGAACUGCAGGACAUGUGAGACUUCACCAGGAGAAUGUGUGGCAUCUUUUGUCUGCUGAGCGUCUCGUCCGCUCACUUGGACCGGAACCAAACUCUUUAUGAACAUUUGAAAAGGAGAGGGCCCAGCUGGAGCCAGGAGCUCACGGUUGCAGGCACAAGUCCCUGUUAUCAGUGUUUAUUCUCCGCUCACGUCCUUCAUAUGAGAGGACUCCUCACCCCUCAGCCGGUCCGAGACGACUCUGGGAACGUGCUGGUGUGGAACGGGGAGGUUUUUGGGGGUUUUCCGCUGACAGCGGAGGAGAAUGACACGGCCGUCGUGUCUCAGCGCCUGUCGUCCUGCAGCAGCCCCUCACAGAUACUUACAGUCCUGUCUGCCAUUCAGGGGCCGUGGGGGUUUGUUUAUUACCAGAAGGCCGGCGACUGCCUCUGGUUUGGGAGAGACUUCUUUGGCAGGAGGAGUUUGUUGUGGAAAUUCGAUGCGGAGGUCGGCGCCUUGACCCUGACGUCCGUGGCAGCUUCUGGGCCUGAUCAGUCCACUUGGCAAGAAGUCCCAGCAGUUGGUGUGUACAGGACUGACCUGAAGGCAUUUUCAGAAUCUGGCUCUCUGUCAUUUGAGCUUUAUCCCUGGGCUCAUGCGGGAAAGGAUGUCAGCUCUCUUUGCAAUGAAACAAUAUUGGAGUGUGUCCCCAGAGGAACUACAGCUGUGAUGAACCAAUCAGGCCUCGUUCUCACCUCACAUCUGUGCCCUCUGAAUGUGUCCACGCCAGAGUCACUGAAUAACACAGAAAGUCACUCAAACUCACAUUUGUCUGUUGAGGAUCUGGAGGAGCUGCUGUUAAACCAAGAGGAACCAGAUCAGGUGAAUCCUCUCAUCGUUGUUCUCAGUGAAGCCGUGAGGCGACGAGUUCAGUCUCUGCCUUUUAUCAGAGACCAUUCACCUCUCACCAACGACCAAGCUAGUGUUGCCAUACUCUUCUCCGGAGGAAUCGAUUCAAUGAUCCUUGCUGCCUUAGCCGACCGUCACAUACCUGCUCCGCAACCAAUUGACCUUCUCAAUGUAGCAUUUAAACUGCAAGAGCCAAAAAAGCUGAACCAGUCCGCGAAGAAAUCCAAAAAUAAGCCGACGGAAUCCAAAACUCAUCUCAGGACAUUCGAUCCUUUUGACGUCCCAGACAGAAUCACUGGACGAGCCGGUCUGAAGGAAUUACAGGACUUGAAUCCUGACAGGAGGUGGAACUUUGUUGAAAUUAACGUAACACAAGAGGAGCUGCAGAAAAUGCGUCUGCAGCGCAUUUGUCACCUGGUGCAUCCACUGGACACGGUGCUCGAUGACAGCAUUGGAUGCGCUGUGUGGUUCGCUGCAAGAGGGACGGGGGUCAUCGUGGAGGACGGAGACCAGAGACCGUUCACGUCCACGGCAAAGGUGGUUUUGACGGGGAUUGGAGCUGAUGAGCAGUUGGCAGGUUACUCCAGACACCGGGUCCGAUUUAAGACGUCUGGACACGAAGGACUGAUCCAGGAACUAGCCAUGGAGCUGGGCAGGAUCUCCUCCAGGAAUCUAGGUAGAGAUGACCGAGUGAUCGGGGACCACGGGAAAGAAGCGAGGUUUCCCUUCUUGGACGAGGACGUGGUGAGCUUCCUGAAUUCCUUGCCGGUGUGGGAGAAGGCCGAUCUGUCCCUUCCACGAGGGGUCGGGGAGAAGCUCCUCCUCAGACUGGCGGCGAGGAAGCUCGGCCUCGGCCGCUCCGCCGUCCUCCCCAAGAGAGCCAUGCAGUUCGGCUCCCGCAUCGCAAAGAUGGAGGACAACCGUGAAAAGGCCUCUGAUAAAUGCACAAGACUCGUUACCGCGUAGAUUAUCAAAAUCAUUUUAAUACAGAAUGUUACAUAUAAAACUACACACAGCUGAGAUUUAAAAGACACUUUUUUAAUUCUACCCAAGAUCUGAUAUUUUGAUUGUCUUCUGUAAUUUUUUUUUUGGACAUGGCCUAAUAAAUAAAACAUUUGUGU